AUGAGUGAACGUGUAAGUCACCAUAUACAUGGGAAGUUUUUCAUAAUUAAACUGAAUGAUCCAAAACACCUAAACUCUUUGACCUUUGCGGAUUUUGUAUCCAUCGCAUUACUACUAAAUAAGGCAAACAAUAUUGACUCUGUUUUAUUUACGGUCUUGCAAAGCUCAGGUAAGUACUUUUCCUCAGGAGGUAAAUUCACAGCGGUAAAUGAAUUACAUGUCGAAGAAAAUGCCAGUGAAGUAGAUAAAGUUUCUAAGCUGGUGUCUGCCAUUUGUUCCCCUAAUAUAUUUGUUGCGAAUGCGUUUGAAACGCAUAAGAAGGUUUUGAUAUGCUGCUUAAACGGACCUGCCGUUGGCCUUAGUGCUUCUCUGGUGGCCCUUUGUGAUAUUGUAUAUUCUAAAAACGAUUCUGUAUUCCUUCUUUUCCCAUUCAGUAAUCUCGGCUUUGUUGCAGAAGUAGGAACUUCAGUUACGUUGACUCAGAAGCUAGGGGUUAAUUCUGCUAAUGAGCAUCUGAUUUUCAGCUCACCGAUUCUAUUCAAGGAGUUACUAGGAACAAUGAUCACAAAGAAUUACCAAUUGACCGACACUGAUGCCUUCAACAAGAAAGUUCUUGAGGAUCUAAAACAAAAUGUAAAGGGGCUUUACCCAAAGAGCAUAAUAGGUAUGAAAUAUUUGCUACAUAGUCAAAUGAGAGAAAAGCUUAUCAAAUCCCAAGCAAUGGAGGCUAACGGUACCUUGCCUUUUUGGGCUAGUGGCGAGCCAUUCAAAAGAUUUAAACAGCUUCAAAAGGGAAACAGACGCCACAAGCUAUAA